AUGCUAGAAAUUGUGACCUCGGUAGUGUUAUUGCUUGUGGGUAUCGCGGUUUUGGUCAUAAUUCAUGUGUGUGUAGCAGGGAGGCCAUUUGGGAUGACUCAAGAAAGCACUGGGCGUACUACUGUGGCGCAAAGAAGUACCAUGUCAGAAGAUGAUAUAAAGAAGCUGCCAUGUUAUGAUUACAAACUAAAUCGAGAGGACGAAGAGGAUGAUGAUUGUGGUGGUGGUGGUGGUUGUGAUGAGGUGAGAAAAGUCGAGUGCGCAGUGUGUUUGGAGGUCUUUAAAGUUGGCGAUAGAUGCAGAUUAUUGCCAAAUUGUAGGCAUAGUUUUCAUGCCAAGUGUAUUGACUCAUGGCUAAUCAAGAAUGCUGCUUGCCCAAUUUGUAGAAGUCGUGUUGAUUUGGGGAGAAGCCGUGGAGCGGAAUGUAAAUUUCCGGGUGAUGUUUGUUUAGAGUUGACUUAG